UGAUGAGCAAAAAGGAAUUUGUAGCCCCUGUUCCUAAAGAUAUGACGCCUGAAAACCACCCUCUGAACGUUAUAGCUCCAGAUACUUGGAAAUAACAUUCCUUUGUGCUUGACCUUUUCGACAAAACAGAUCAUCCAGGAUUGUUAUAGAACCUUUGACAAGCUUACAGAGAUCACUAAGGUCAUCAACAAGUUCAAGCAGGAGGUUGACCUGAGAUUCGCUAAUUUCCACAAUGAGUUUCUCAGAGUAGAGAAAUCUACUGACCAAAAAUAUGUAAAUGAAAUGUCAGGAUUAUAGAUCAUGCUUGACUCCAAAUUUUUAUCUGAACGAGAGGCUAUAGAGUCCUCCAUCCACAAAUCACAUUCCUCCAUGACUGGGCUAUUCAAUACCUUUCAGGAGCAUCGAGGAUAAUAUAGAGAAAUAACCAACAGAAUGUCAAUAUGAACUUCAAUAAUAUCAAAUCACAGAUCAAUAUUUUCAGAGAGAAGAUGUCCAUGGUAGAAGACGCUAACUGGAAAGUUGUCAAGGACUGGGCCUCCCAUGAAGCUAAAGAGACAGAAGAGAAGAUCCGCAAGGACUUUGCGGAGUUGCUUGACCAACGAGAUCAACAAAUAAAGGAGUCUAUUCAAGCCAUUGAAGAGAGACACGGAACUCUCGAGACAGAUAAAAACUCAAUUUCCCAAAUGAUUAAAUCGACCGAUGCCAAAAUUUCAAAAAUUCAAGAGCAAAUAUCCAAAAGUAGCUUUGAUCUGGCCAAGAAGUUAGAGCAAGGGAAGGAGGCCUCAAUUUUGGAAAUCAAUAAUAAAAUCCUCAAUUUGAAACAAGAAAUUAACCAAAAUAUCCACAACCAAAUCGAGGAAUUUGAGGAAAGGAACAAACCUGAAGAGAUCUCUGAGUCUGAGCCUCUAGUUUCCCAGAACGAAUUCGACCAACUUGAGGGCCAAGUUAGCAGCAUUCAGAAUGCAAUCGAACAGCUUAAGAAAAUGACCGAAGUUAAUCAGAUUCAGUCCCAAGUGUCCACUGUUCAACAAGAAAUUAAUUCUUUCUGAAUGAGAUUUAAAUCUCUUGAAGAUACACUUAGCAAUGUUCAAAAAGAAAUCAGUGAGCUAAAGCCAGAUGAAGAAAAGAAGGAUGAAAAAUCUGAACAUUCCCAAGAAGAAAAAGACAAAGAUAACUUUAAGGAAGUCAUAGACAGGCUCCAAGAUCUUGAGAGCAAAUUUGAUAGCUUUAAGAAAAGACGGCCAAGCAAAAGACUUCUUACUAAAAAGAGUCUUAGGAAAGAGAGUAAUAGAGGGUCUCCAAAACCUCUUAAUAUAAAAAUUGAGCGUGCUGUAUCAUCUCCUAAGAAGCUUAAUAAGAAAGGAUUUAAAAUGGCUUCCACUCUAAAGAAAGCUCAAAAGUUUUUUAAUAAGAGAAGUAAAAGUCUUUCGGCUAAUAAAAGGAAGAGUAGCGGAUCACCUAAGCAGAAUACACAGAGACCUACUAUCAACAACGACUUGAACCAAUCUGUUGAUUACAGAUAUCAAAACAGAAAGAUGUCCUUGAAUGUGAAGUACCAUAAUGAAGUGAAGAACUCAUACAGAAAGGUAGAAUUUCCUUUGCUCUCAAACCAUCACGUCACCCCUGCAGCUUAUGCUUCUUUGAAUCAGUCAAUAGCGUACCAGGAGGAACUGAGAAGACAUGCGAAGACACCUAUGGUCAGCCAGUUUAUGCAGGAAGAAGGGUUCCUAGAUAAUCCGGGUAAUAGAACAGCUAAUCAAUAUGAAAAUGGUAGAAUUAAUUACACAAAGAGAGGAAUUAACUCAAGAAAGACAUCAAAAUCUAAGAUGAUGGCAAAUGAUGAAGCACAGGUCCAGAAGAACAUCCAAUCCCCUGAAUCCAUGUCGUUAGGAGUGAGCUACGAACCGAUCACAUUUACAGGGAACAAGAUGUAUUAAUUUCAACUUUCCUCUCAAA